GUGGGCUGGAACACGAACUGAGUGAGGCGGCUUCGUGUAUAGACGAUCUGUGCAGCAGUCUGUGCGGAUCAGGGUAACUGUCGGGGAAGAUUCCCGGGUCCGUGAGUGAAUCCGGGAAAGUUUUACACACGGACAUGGCGUCAGGCCUGUGUUGUGCAGUCGUGCUGGCUCUGUUUGUGAUCAUGUCCCCUUGUGUAUCCGCAGGAGGGGACGACUGCCUGGCCUACAGUGGUACGGAAGCCCAGAAAUGCCACAGAAAAUUUUGCUGUGGGGACUGCAACAGCAGAUAUUGUUGUUUAGAUUCUUCAAAACGCUUUGAUGAAGAUCACCAAGAAGAGUGGUAUGUUUUCAUUUUCAAUCUGCAAUCCACAAAAAAACCUGCAUUUAAGGCCACUACCCAGGUCAGCAACACUCCUCAGCAUCCAACGGCAGCACCUGUUCCCCCUGAAUCCUACCAGGAAAUGCCCCACCAUCUACCCCAGCCUGGCUACCCAGCUCAGCCCAUCCUCACACCGCCCUACCAUGGACAGCCAUUCACAGUUGGACCACCGCCAUCUUAUCAGGAAGCCAUCAGUCCUGCCUAUCCUCCGAUGCCUUAUGGCCAGGCUGCGUUCAUGCCCCAGCAGCCAGCAUACCCCCAGCCACCGUACCCCCAGCCGAAGCCCAGCGCUCCACCUGCAACUCCAGACUUUCUUGCUCAGCCUGCAUAUAAUCCAGAUUUUGCUUCAUCACCACACUAGGCUGGAUCAUGGACAUCAGUACAGCCCCAGCAAGUGCUUUGAGACUUUUUCCCUGUACUCACAUGUAAGUCACGUUACAUGGGAACAAAGUGCAAUAUUUAUCAUUUCAGGAAUACAUAUAUAUUAGUUUAGCCUUAAUGUUGCUUUCACUGAUAUAUGGCAGUGACCUGUGUCAUGUAACUUCAUGCUCAUAUCAAGCUUGGUGGUCUCGCCUCUUUUAAACUUGGAUAGUGUUACUGAGUCCGUGUUAUGAUUUCCUCUACAGAACUGUGCUAAGUGAUAACAGAUAUUGAUUUUUUUUCCUUUGUGCUUUUGUGUAAAGCAAUUUUACCGGCUUAUCUCACUAUUUAAAUUCUAUUAUGGAAAAUGCAGUGCCUUUAGACAACUAUUGUGAUUUCCUGCAUUAGAAAUAUGACUUUGUUUGAUCUCUGUCUUUUCCCGAGUGCUCCGCUUCCUGUUCUAAAACACUCUCUAGAUCUUUUAGCGAUGUUCCAGUAAUGAUUCAGUUUUACAUAAAGUCCCAGCUUUGUUAAAAACAGGACUGAGCCAAAAUGCACUGCGAGGUUUACCAAAGGAGUCUUUUAUGUUCAGUGAACCAAACAUCAACUCG